CAUGGAGCGCGGGCAGUAGGUUAGGAUACGUUUUGCAGAAGUUUGCAUUGUCUGUCAAAAGCGAGAAAGUUGAAACCUGCCAUGAUCUCAUUGACAACAAGGACGACAGAAGCUUCUUUUCCCGUUUCCACUCAACUCGAUUCCCUUUCGCUUCUUCUUUCGUCGCGGAACUGAGAUUCGCUGAAUACCGCAAACCGAAACAGAAACAACCGUCUGAGGAAUGAAGGUGAAGACACAGAAAACAGUAUCCGUCUGCCGUUGUUUUUUAUGCAAAACCAUUUAUGGAAAUGGUGGGAGGACAUUUUGAUCAACGCUUUUUCGCGCUCUUUUGCCGGACUAGAGAUUGAUGAUGCUGUAAGCUUCAUUUGCUAGAUGCUAGAUAGAGCAGUAGCCUAGCUGCAACCAAGAAUGUAUGGUACAGAUCGAUCGAGCAAAUUCUAUUCUCCUAAGCUUUCCAGAACUUAGCUGUUGCCCGGCCCGCUGGUUGAGCAGAUAGAAUUGCUUUCCUUUGAUCAAUCUGUCCCCCACGAUAGUACACCAAACACCACUGGACCGAUCCGCACAGCCACGGGAUAUUCCGGGAGAUCUUUGCUCCCAGGUCGCUAGUCCCGUUGGCCCGUCCGAGAUUUUUUCCUUUUUUCAAACACGGCCAUAGUGGCCGGGCGUGUGUAGACGCUAGAGCCAUCGUUAGUUUGCAGUGCAGGGUGCGAUAGCAUGAUUUGUUAAUCACAAAUGCCUCACAAAAAUUAAAAAAAAAGGCAGAAAAGACAGACAGGGAACUCGACACUCGGCACAGUUCAGUUCUCACAGCCACAAAAUAACAAACGCAAUACAAACACGCUACUUACCGGGGCAACGUAAGCCGUACCAUCCGUUUCCUCUUUUGGAUACAUACACUCAGCUUUUCAUGUGUAGAGAUGAAAAGACGAAUAGCUUCAGGGAAGUAGUGCGAUCACAACCAAAAAAAAACAACCACAAAACAUACAUUCACGUCCGAUAUGAAGCAAGACCUCUGCGUAGCUGCAUCAAUAUACACAUUAGGCGUAAGAUUAGAACGAAGCAAGUGCAUUGGCCGAUAGCCCGGUACUCUUGGAGGCACGGAGGGCGCUGUUGCAAGCAGCGGGACGAAUUCAAGACGAAUUUCAAUAAACCUGCGAGCGAAAAACAAUAGCCACAAAGCAAAGUGCUACGCCAUACACACGACAUUCAACUUUGUGAUGCGAUAAAAGUCGAGUUUGUGGAGAUAAAAACGAAAACUUGUAACCAAAACCUGGAAGUGGAAUGACAUUCAGCUCACGGCAUCCAAUUUUUCCCUCAAUACGAUCGCUUUCACCAACACUCAGAGCACUCACUCAUUUAUUACUAUGAAAGCAAUCGUGCACCAAAAUCAAUGCUAAAGGGGUCGGCAGGGCUGGCUUUCGCGAGCCAGCAAUACAUACUUUUCUUUUCCCGAUGAGCAUUCGCAUCCAACAGCCGGUACGAGUAGAUUGUGCCGGCAACAGGCCCAGAAACCAUUAGACACAUCGUCGCAGUGUUCAACAAUAUAGGCGCCGUUACGCCCGUCUGAUGAUCGGAUGAUAACUUUGCGAAACAUUUAACUGAAAGGAGAAAAAAACGAAUUAAAACCCUGAUAAGAAGAAGGAAAAUCACUGAAACUAGGCAGGGAGAUGCAGUGCGGUGAAUGAUAUUUGAUGACGAAAAAGGAAGAAAAAAAAAACUAAUACAAAACACUUGCGCAUAUAAUCGUGCGCGCUCUCUCUCUGUAUGUAAGCUAUACACAUAUUUAUCCACUUGUUGCUGUGUUGCUACCUUUUUCUGUUUUCCAACAAAAAAAGAAAACCCAUUGGUUACGAUGAACACAAUUGUUGUGCACAAUUCCCUUGCAUCUGUCGCUUCUUCAUUCGCUUGAUGGAUUAGGUACGCAGCGUUAGUGUACGGGAGUGUAUGUGGUAGUUAUGUUAUGUGACGCUUGACGCUCGUUUAUUGCGGAUAUAUAGAGGGAAAAGACCGUAGGCAAAAAGUAAGCAAAAGUAAGCAUUAAAGUAUGGCCAUGAAGUAUUCAUGUCAAAAUCAUUAAAAAGCAAAGGAGGGGAGAAAAAGAAGAAACCGGAGCGUACGUGAGAUGCGGGCGCUCUCAGCGAGAGGCUUCUACUACUUCUUGACGUGAUGCAUUAUGAUUUUCUUUUCUGGUGAGACUUAUUGGGCAACCGAACUUGCUUGGAGUGACGUGGUGACGUGCGACUAUGGAGAACGGAAGCAGCUAACGAAGACGAUAACACACAAACGAAAAAUGCUAGGAAUGAUAAGAAAGUGAUUGUGAUUGAUAGUGGGGAAAUUUAUACGAAAUUUUAUAGGAGUGAACGUUUUUUUGAGGAUUAAGGAUUAUGUUCGAAGGAAAGGGGGGGCAAGGGGGCAAGAGGUGAAGGAUGGCUGGUUCAGCAGAAAUGUUUUGGGCGGUUCCGAGCGAAUCGAGUCGAGAUACGGUUAGGUUUUCCAAACGUUAUCGGUUACUAUUGCUUGUGAAGGUAUUGGACAGUUCUCAAUAGGAAUUUACAAUUUAGUGAAUGUGUAAUGCAAGUUAAGCAACGUAACGAAGAAAAACAACCCAUUGAUUAUGAAAUAUUACCACACAACAACCAAAAAAAAAAAACCAACCCAAAACAAAUACUCACUUUACGAUGCUUAAUGAAUAGUGGUGAACAUGACCAUGGCUAGUGCAAAGACAGGGACUGUACCGAUGAAUCGUAGCACCAGGGACUGGCAGCACUAACAGCAACAACCACCCAAACUAGACGGAAAUUCGUUCACUGCACACCACAGUGGAGCUGAAUUGAAACAGCAAAGAAAGUUUCGUCUGUUGUUUGUCGGAAGUUUUCAUUUCCAACUUGGUAACGAUCACUUUCGUUUCUUAUCACUUCGCAAAACCCGACCAUCCGAGCAUGAAAUGCAGAAACAUACUAACGAGCUACCGGUUACCGGUUUCUAAUGCGAAAGAUGAAAUAUUGAAAAAAAAAAGAAUCACACGACCAGAACCUUACAUUCGAUCAAACAGAAGCGCGAAAUACUCAAUUAGCAGCACUUGGAAGAUGCGGCGCAACACUUGCGCAUCCAACAUUGCCGUUACUUUACGAAAAAAAAGAAAUGACAGAAAACUGGAGCUACGAUUACGUCAAGUAUAGAUUUUAAAAUUCAAUAAAAAAUACUAAAGGAAAAAUGAACCAAGUAUG